AUGGCUGCCAGGCGGGCUGCCAAAAACCGCGCUCGAACACCCUUGGCUGUUCUCGCGGCACUUUGGUUAGUUGCAGCAGUGAUUUCCUUGGUCCAGCUGAACUUCGUUGGACCAGGGAUCUCACCUCCCAGGCGUUUGGCCAGGGAUUUUCGCAGCAUGCGAUUGGUUCAACAGCGAGCUGGGCCCGAGAUAGAGCCUGCGCCGGGGUCACGUAAGUCCUUUGAUUUGGUUGUUGGGAAGUAUUACCACGCCACCGUGCUGAAAUUCUACAGGAAUGCAACAUCACUAGCCUUGGGUGUGGAGAAGCCGGGCUACCUACAUGUGUCGAAAAUGAAACCCAAGGAAGAAUUUGUUGUCAACGCGUCUGACAUUUUGAAUCUGAAGGACGUCAUUCCAGUUCGAAUUUUGAAAAUAAAGCAAAAAGAAGUGGAGGUAGUGAUGCCUGAAGCCGAAGCUGAACAGCCAGAGUUCCAGAAACGGCCGCUUUGGGAGUACAAAGAUGGAGAGGAGGUAGACGGAACAGUCGCCGCCUUGCGCCAAAGAGCUGUCUUUGUGGAUGUGGGGGCAAUGGUAGAUGCAUACUUCCCUGAGGAGAAUUGGGGGGCUAUGAAGGGCAAAAUGGAGGUGGGUCAAAAGCUGAAAUUUCGGAUUGAGAAGGUGACUGGCUGCAGGAUGACUCUUACAGAAGCAUGAGCGAAACCACGCAGUGGUAAAA